AUGAGCCUAAAUGUACCUGGUUUGAUCACUCUUCUGGGCUUCUACGCGGUUGUCCUGGCAACAGGAAUAUGGGCCUCCAGGAGAGCAAAAGCAAAGGUGACCACAGGGACUGUCACCGAGGUGACGUUGCUGGGGGGACGCACCAUCGGUAUGGCCGUGGGGGUUUUCACCAUGACUGCUACAUGGAUUGGAGGAGCGUUCGUUCUUGGGAGUGCAGAAACUGUUUAUACUCCAGGAAAAGGUCUUGUUUGGACAAUGAUGCCACUCCAAUAUUGCACCACAUUGAUAAUAGCUGGUUUGGUCUUCGCUAAACCUAUGAGGGAGAGGAAGUAUGUGACUAUGAUGGAUCCUUUUCAGAUCAAAUAUGGCGAAGUGGUGGCUACUUUGAUGAUCAUCCCAAACAUCGCUACGGAAAUUAUUUAUUUUGGUUGCGUACUUUUGGCACUGGGGGGAACGAUAAGCUCCAUUCUCAAUUUGCCAUUCGUCUACUCUGUGGUCAUAUCUGCAGCAGUAACGAUCAUCUACACUCUCCUUGGAGGUUUCUACUCUGUGGCCUACACUGAUGUCAUUCAGUUGGUCUUUAUUUUUGCCGCAUUGUGGCUGCUUGUACCAUUCAUCUUUCUGAACCCCAUCCCACUUGACAUCAGCGCCACAGCCUUCAAUCACACCUACCAGCCACCUUGGAUUGGAGAAGUACAGACACAGGACAUUGGAAAAUGGCUGGAUGAAUUUCUUGUGGUGAGCCUUGGAGGACUAGCAUCACAGUGCAUUCAUCAGAGAAUCCUGUCCUCCUCAUCAGCAGCGAGAGCACAGGUCACAUGCUUUGUUGCAGCUGUGAUGACUGUCAUCCUGGGAGUUCCAUCCAUUCUAAUUGGAGCAGUUGCAGCAUCCACAGACUGGAAUCAAACAGACUAUGGUGCCCCUUCUCCAUACGAUCGUGGAGAAGCCUAUGGGAUCCUGCCCAUCUGUCUGCAGUAUCUCACCCCUCAAUUUGUCUCCGUCAUUGGGAUCGCCGCUGUGGCUGCAGCAGUGAUGUCCUCAGCAGACUCUAUGCUCAUCUCCGCCACGUCAAUGUUCAGCUCCAACAUCUACAAGAACAUCAGAAAACAGGCCUCAGACCGAGAGAUGCAGUGGGUGAUCCGCAUCUCUAUUGUUGUGGUUGGUGUGGUCGGCACAGCUCUGCCCUUCCUAACCAACAGCAUCAUAGGGCUUCUCAUCCUGGGGUGCGACGUUGGAUACUGCGUGAUCCUCCCCCAUCUGGUCUGUGUCGUCUUUUGCCCCGUCGCCAACGGUUAUGGGGGCGCCAUGGGGUAUUUCCUGGGUAUCCUGCUGAGGUGUUUGUGUGGAGAGCCCACCAUUGGAGUCCCAGCGGCCAUCCAUUUUCCGGGUGGUGAAACAGUCGAUGGUGUUUACAUCCAGAGAGCACCUGUCCGGACAGUAGCCAUGCUUGUCACGCUGAUCUGCGUCCUGUUUUUCUCGUACAUCUUUGAGCAACUAUUCCACCGUGAUGUACUUCCUAAGCGAUGGGACAUCCUUAAGGUCAGCCAUGCGAUCACUCCACCACCGAGGAUGGAACAAGCGAGCAGUGACGCCGAUGGACAAAUGGAGACAAUGAUGUCAGCAUCUGACACAGGCCAUUUGGAGUGGCCGCAAGUAGAAGAAAGCACAAAGCUGUAGGAUACUGACAAUGGAGCAGAAUAUUGGAGUGCCGACUGUGGACUGUGUGUUUCCCCGUAUGAUUCCUUCUCUGUAUUUGUGCAUAUGUGUGUGAGCAGGGCCGGAUUAACAUGGUCUGGGGCCCCUAGGCUACAGGUUGCUGUAGGCCCCCCCUGAAAGCAUAUUUCCCGACAAAUGUACAUAGGCUUAAUUCCUAGAUCAUAAUUAUGACACUGUCUAACAUGUCUACCAACUGCACUCAAGACAACAGAAGAAUGUUUCAAUAUUGUAUUUUGUCACAAUUGAGCAAAUUUUCACUUUUAUUCGAUCCGGGCCCCCUGGCAGGUGGGGACCCCUAGGCUACAGCCAUAUCUAGCCUGUGUGUUAAUCCAGCCCUGUGUGUGAGUGUGUGUAUGCAUUGUUUGUGAAUGUUGUUUCCCACUCCCUCGUGUGUCAAUCGUGUUUGGGAUGGGUUUUGAUUGGGGGGAGGUGUCGGGGCAGGAAUAAUUAAGGGAUUAGAUAAUUAAAGAAUGCUCAAGCAAGAGGGUUUUUUUUUUGAUGUUACUAGAUCUGGUCAUAUUUGUAUAUCUCGUCAUGGAGAAACUGGAUAAAAUAUGAUUGGGGCGCCAGAACUCAAACUCACCUAGGGCACCAAAUAAGCCAGAACCGGCCCUGCGACAAUGGAAGCAGGUCAUUUCAACCUGGGCACAGGUGCACUUGAUUUCACAAUUGACCCUAAGCCAUCUGGGCUGAGCAGUGCCUCACUGUAGAAUAGGCACCCUUAUUCCACAUCUGUUUUCACACUGUUGAGGGUUUGUUCACACAGUGUGUCGGCAGCUUAUAAACAUUGUAUUCUGGCAUUUACUACUUAC